AUUUGAGAAUGAAGCGAAGUGCGCAAACAUCCUUCUUCUCAGCGGACGCAAGAAAGAAGCCGCGACAGGAUGACAAGGAUGAUGAUCCUCUAUCAUUGAGCGCAUGGAACGUUGAUCGAAGCGCGGACGACUACCUGGUGCCGAGCGACGAAGACGAGGACGAAGACGAGGAAGAUGAAGAUGAAGACCAUGACCAUGACGAUGGUGAAGACCAAGAUCAGGACCAUCGGGACCACGAACUGCAUCCUGAUGCUACAGCAAAGGCGACGAGCAAGAGCGAUCAGACCGUCGUUGGAGGCUCAGCCUCGUCCAAGCAGAAAGGCCUCCCGAAGGCGUCCGUCACGGCUUCAGAGAUGACACGCGCAGUCAACAAGUAUCUUCGCGAUCAACGCUCUAGAGCACUGCAGCCUGCAUCCCAGCAUGCGGCAGAGGGUGCUUCCAAGUCGAAUCCGCAUCAACCUGCAACGGACAUCCUGGGCAUGCCGUUCGCACCGCCUCAUCGCCGAAAUGUCUACAUUGCUUCGCCACCAAACUUUUCGCAACUGGCGGAGGCAUAUGCGCCUCUCCGGGCGUUCCUGCGGGCCAACAACGCGCCCGCCCCGAAGCAACCAGCAGACAAUGAACCGCCUUCCGACCAGCAAGCAGAAGCACCAGGCUUGGACACCCACUCUCCUGUCGAUAACAAGUCUCCAGAGAUGACGCUGGACUUUUCACAGCCCCGCGCUGUCGCCGCCUUGUCGCAGGCCAUCUUGCACGCCGACUUUAAACUGACCGUGCAGAUUCCUGAUGGUACGUUGGUGCCAACCGUGCCCAGCCGCUUGAAUUACAUUCUGUGGAUUGAAUCCUUGGUCACGUUGCAUCGGCGAGCAACCACCAAGCGCCAGAAGGACUCACACGGCGAGGCCACAAAGCAGCCAGUGUCCGGAAUUGAUAUCGGGACCGGCGCGACUUGCAUCUAUCCCUUGAUGGCAACUUCCUUGUUUCCUGACUGGUCUUUUGUAGCCACGGACAUCAACCCGGACUCUUUGCAGCACGCCAAGCAGAAUGUUGCGGCCAACGAAGCGGUUGCCGCUCGCAUUCGUCUUCUGCAGCAGCAACCCGAGGACGAGCUUCUCCACGGUGCACUCGGCGAAGCCGGCACGUGUGAUUUCGUCAUGUGCAAUCCGCCCUUUUACGAAACCCUCGACCACGUCCCGUUUGCGAACAGCGAGUCAACAACAGCACCUGCUUCCCGAAAUAACGAUGAACCAGGGCCGCCUCGGCGACGCGUCCGCCCGCAAACCAAGUUGGCCGCAGCAGCAUUAAUAACUGAAACGGUAACAUCGGGUGGUGAAGUUGAAUUUGUGCGGCAGCUCAUCAAAGAGUCGGAGGCUUUGCAAACGCGAAUCACGUGGUAUACUUCGCUUUUGGGACACAAGUCCUCGCUGGUCACACUUUUCAAAGAGCUGCACGGGCGAACGGACAUUGCAGUUACCUGGACCGAGCUUCGGCAAGGACGUACGAUUCGUUGGGUGAUUGCCUGGACCUAUCUGCUCCAUCCUCGCAUUCUGUUACAGAUUGGCGACCCGCGCGUUAUGGUGCACCACGAGUAUACAGUUCCCGCUGAAAGCUUGGACACGGUGGCGACGUCCCUGGUUGGAGCUCUUCGCGAGGUCAAUUUGGAAGCGGAAGUUUACCCGCCCCUUGGCAUAGCGCUUCACGAUUUUGCGCGGCGACUGGAAACACCUUCUCCUGCGCACCAGUUCCGCACAGUGUUUGUUCGACCGUGCGUCGAAGGGUGGACCCACGAUCGUCAGCGUCGCCGUGCCAUGCAGCGACUUGCGCGCGAGCAAGGUGAAGCCGGUGCCUCAAGCGUCGUUUCCCAGCCGCCCACUGAGACCCAUCCGUCUCGCCUGGACGAUUUCAGUUGCCUGCCGGCUUCUCCGCUGUUGACUGCCGCUUGGCGCAUCGGGACGUCCUUUGCGGGCACUGGUGGUGUGCAGGUGCACUACUUUGUUCGUCAGGUGCGCAAUCGCGCGUCUGCCAACACCCUUCACCUAUUUGCACAAACUCGCCUCCAGCGUGCUUUCCCAGUGGCCCAACCUGCACCCACGAGCGAACAAAGGACCAGCAAGACUUCUGAUUGAAUUUCAUCGCAGGGUGAACGUUGAACGCUUUUGCAUGACAAUAAAUAGUGUACUCGACAA